AUGAAGAAACAGCUGCUUGAUGAACCAGAGACUGUCUCCACCAUAGACACUGGGCAUAAUUACCUUACCAAUGUGGCCUGUCUGAGUGAUGAAGAAAUUUGGACAAGUGGCGAUGACAACACCAUGAAACUCUUCAGCACCAAUCAGGGAUCACUGCUCAAGUCAAUCACAACCAAAUCAGAGAACUGGCCAUAUGAUAUAGCAGUGACAAAAAGUGGAGAUCUAGUUUAUACUGAUAUCAGUGAUAGAACUGUGAACAUUUUGAAGAAUGAAAAGAUAGAGGAAGUGAUCAGACUAAGGAUUUCGGAACCUUUUGCUGUCUGUAGUACUUCCUCUGGUGACCUCCUGGUUAUUACGCACAGUGAUGACAAACAACAAUCAAAAGUUUCCCGUUACCGUGGCUCCACACAGAAACAAAUCAUUGAGUUAGAUAUUUCGAGGAAAUAUAUGUUUUCGGCAAUAAAAAGAUAUCUAUUUCCCACAAGACUUACUAACUAUAUCUGUGAGAACAGGAACCUGGAUAUCUGUGUGUCUAGCAAAGAAGCUGGGGCAGUAGUGGUGGUCAAUCAGAAAUGA